AUGUUUGCAAGCAUGAGCUCUAUCGGCGGUGCUCCUGCCGUCUUCAAGGCAUGUGCGCGCCACUCGAACCGCGCGUCGCUGAAGGACAAGGCGAAGAAGAUCCUCGGUCUGUGGAACCUCGCCCUCUCGGCCACUCUCCUUCGCUCACUCGUCCUUGAUGCCCUGAACAACUCCGCACCUCGCGCUUCCCUCUCCCUCUUCCUAGGCGCUCUCUACACCAUCGGUAUCCUUACGCAGCUUACGGCGCUUUUGCUGCCCCCUCACCUCCGGUCGAUGAACGCCGACCUGAUGCUUUCACUCUCCGCGGCCCUCGCAAUCGUAUUCGGUUCGGCCCUCCGUACCGUAGUGCGGGCCGCCCUCGGCGCUGAUGUGCUGGGCGAGUGCGUGGCUCUUGCCUCCGGUGAAAAGAUGGAAGAGAGGUUGGGCGUCUGGGGACCGGCGAUGGCCGACCAAAUGAGCGAGAUGGAUGCUACUGCCUACUGCCAGAAGCUGAUGAACCAAACCAACUUCUUCGAAACGCUUCUGCUCGCCACUUCUAUUGUCACCCUCUGUUUCGCGAUCACCCUCAUCGUUGUGAACAACAUCGAAGAAGACCGCGACGAGCAAGCGCGUGAAGCCCUCCUUAUCAACUGUGACCUCGAGUACGAGUUUGAUAAGCCUGCUUCUGUGGCGACAAGCCCUGCCUGA